CGUGACCGUGGGGAGCGGGUGGCGGCGGAGCGAACCCUGCUGCUGCUGCUGCCGCUUCCCUCUGUCCUGCGGUGCUGCCAGCGCUGCCGGGGGUGUUGCGAUAACACGUGGGGAAGGGCUUGGGCCGGGGUCUGCCUGGUGCUGUCGAGACUGCGGUCGGGGAGUCUGCUUUAUGUGUGGAGUGAGAGGGGACGAGAGGAAAUUAUCCAGAGAGUCUGCAGCAAUCGAGGAGUCGCACAGAGUUCAAGUUCAGAAGUGCUUUACACAUGAAAUCUACUGGCUCUCUAGGUGUUUCUGCCCUGUCACCAUCUCAACAGAUUUGGAUUUACAGUCAUGGAGGAACACCAACAGCAUUUACACUGUGUGAACUGUGUCAGCCGUCGUUGUAUGACCAGACCAGAGCCUGGCAUUUCCUGUGAUUUGAUUGGCUGCCCCUUGGUUUGUGGUGCAGUUUUUCACUCAUGUAAAGCUGAGGAACAUCGUAUGUUAUGUCCACUUGAGAGAGUGCCUUGUUUGAAUAGUGGCUUUGGAUGUCCCUUCAUAGUAGCUCGAAAUAAAAUUGCUGAUCAUCUAGAAGUUUGUCCUGCAAGUGUGGUAUGUUGUACCAUGGAGUGGAAUAGAUGGCCAGUCAGUUAUGCUGACCGAAAAUCUUACGAAAAUCUGAGUAAAGAUGUUGAUGAAGUGGAACAGCUAGAUAUGGCUUUAGCCCUUCAAGACCAGCGCAUGUUGUUAGAAUCACUUAAAGUAGCAACUAUGAUGUCAAAAGCAGGUGAUCAUAUACCAGAAUCCAGAGAGCAAACUUCUGUCAAAUCAAGUGCCCCAGAUACAGUUCAUUCAAAUGGUUUGAUGCCUGUAGAUGAAGAGUCCUAUGGUGCACUUUACCAAGCUACUGUAGAAACAACAAGGAGUUUAGCUGCUGCUCUGGAUAUCCUGAACACUGCUACAAGGGACAUUAAUAUGUUAGGUUCAAGGCUCUGCAUUUCACCACAUGAAAUGAAAGAAGAUACUGAGUUGAAAGAACAACAUUCUAAUGGCAUUAUUCAGGAUAAAAUGUCUGACCAUGAAUAUCCAGAUGAUGAUAACAAAGGAGCAGUUGGGGGAAUUAACUUGGAUAGCCCAAGGCAAAUUUCACAAAUGGAGCAAAGUAGUUCUAGUGAUAGUUGUUACGACGAAGUGCAAAAACACGACUUAAAUGUAAACUUCAAUAACUCCUCGCUUUUGUGUAAUGGUUUUCAUGUAGAAAAUGAAUGUUCAGAGGUGUUGGACCAGACUGAAGAUCUUGGUGUGUCUCAUUCAAAACCGUCUAGCAUAGCAAAUGGUGAAUGUACUGCAUCUCAUGAUGAUGAAGCAUUACAGUCUUGCAGCUCCUUCCCUGUAACAGCUCAACUUACAGAAGUAUUAUCAGCUGAUCACUUAGUUAAUGGCAAUGUUAGUCAUGUACUACUUCCCCAUAAUGCUAAUGAAGAAGAACUGUUGGAAAGACAAGUGGAGCAAGAAAGGUUGAGAAACUUAGAUGCAUUUUCUCUUUUACGGCACCGAUCAUACAAAUUUCUUGUUAACCACUAUUGGUCUACACCAAAAGAAGACAAAGCUGUUGAUACAUCAGAUUUGGAGAUAACAGAAGAUCCUAUGGGUCUUCAGGGGAUUGAUCUAAUCACUGCAGCUCUGUUGUUUUGCCUAGGAGACUCUCCUGGAGGUAGAGGGAUAUCAGAAAGUCGCACUGUUGAUGUGUAUCAUGUUGACUUUGGGACCCAAACAUUUUCUCUCCCAUCUGCUAUAUUGGCCACGAAUACAAUGGUGGGCGAAAUAGCUUCAGCUUCUGCGUGUGACCAUGCCAACCCACAGCUCUCAAAUCCAAGUCCAUUCCAGACCCUUGGACUGGAUUUAGUGUUGGAAUAUGUGGCUAGAUACCAAACAAAACAGCGUUCAAUGUUUACAUUUGUUUGUGGACAGUUGUUUAGGAGGAAUGAAUUUUCAUCACAUUUUAAGAAUGUGCAUGGUGACAUUCAUGCUGGCCUUAAUGGCUGGAUGGAGCAGAGGUGUCCUUUGGCAUAUUAUGGGUGUACAUACUCUCAACGAAGGUUUUGCCCUUCAACACAAGGGGCAAAAAUUAUUCAUGACCGUCACUUACGGUCAUUUGGAGUUCAGCCUUGUAUAUCCACAGUAUUAGUAGAACCAGCUAAAAGCUGCUUAAUUGGACUACACAAUGACCAUCUGAGUAGUCUGCCAUUUGAGGUUCUGCAGCACAUUGCUAGUUUUCUAGAUGGCUUUAGUUUAUGUCAGCUUUCAAGAGUGUCACGUUUAAUGAGAGAUGUGUGUGGAAGCUUGCUUCAAGCACGUGGAAUGGUGAUACUGCUUUGGGAGAAGAGAAAGUACCCAGAUGGAAGUUCUUCCUGGCAGAUAAAAGAAAAGGUUUGGCGCUUCAGUACAGCCUUCUGUACUGUGAAUGAGUGGAAGUUUGCUGACAUCGUGAGCAUGGCUGACCACUUGAAGAAAUGCAGCUAUAAUGCUGUCGAGAGAAGAGAGGAGGCUGUUCCGCUGCCAUGUAUGUGUGUAACACGAGAACUCACUAAGGAAGGACGUUCACUCCGCUCUGUUUUGAAACCAGUACUUUAAAUGUUGCAACCACUCCAAUUGCACAUACACUCAAGCACCUGAUAUAACCUCGGUAAUAUUAUGUGACACUUUAUUAAUGUACUAAAGAUACUUUCUAGCUAAAUCUACUCUGUCACUGUGUAUAUAAGGUUUGAAGUGACAUUUAUUUUUUAUAAUACUCUUUCGCUGGAAAGUAAUGAAAGUUGCCUUAAUGUUUGAAAAAUUUGGAACUUGCUGGACAGGGUAGUUUUAUCUAACUUAUAUAAUUUAAGAACAAAAUCCUAAGGUGUGUUUUCUGAUUCACUGGUGCCCAUGUUGCUGUUGUCUGAUAACAUUUAAAAAAUGGCCUCUAAAUGGUGUGCAAAUUUAGAUAGGAAACACCAAAUUGUAGUGAGACAAAAUCCUGACCAAUUGUACUUGCUAUAUUUGGUCUUUUUUUUUUUUUUCCCCGAACAAGUUAUAAUCCAAAUAUGGGAACGAUGAGGAAGAACUCAAAACUUUGUAGUAGAUGUCUCAAACACAGCUUUUAAGUGCAUCUUUUCUCAUGAAAUUGGUGUCCUAGUGCUCUUCCUAGAUAACAGGUGAUCUAGGAUCAGCUUUUUAAAAUUUAUGUUCUGUUUCAGGAAUUAUCUAAGUGAAUUCAGAUUUUCAGGAGCUUAAUUUUUAGUACAGCAUUCUUUUCACAUGUCAACCAAUGAUUAUUAUUCUUCUGAACUAAUUACAUUUUUUUCACUUUUGGGAGCAAAACAUUUUCGAGCUAAAACAUGGAAUACUAGUUUUUACUCUCGCACCUAAAAUGACAUCAAUAUAAAAUGUAUAAAAUGUUUUUCCUUGUCCUGCAUUUGGCUGAGGGUUAAAUUGCUUGAGAAGUCAGAAGUUCAAAGUAUAGGAUGAACAGUUAUGAAUUUAUAAUGCAGCUAAUGAAAGGGCUUUACUUGUUUUAUGGUAUUAUGAGAUGUAUUGUCUCCCUUUCUGUUAAUUUGUCUAUAAAAAUGCUGCUUUUCUGAGGAGCAUUUUAAAUUACUGGUAUGUAUAGCAAAUGUAUCAUCUUCAUAAGAUGAGACAUGAUUUGUCAAUUGCAUCAGGCAUAUCAGAAAUGUAUGUUCAACCACAUCUGUUAAAUGAACGACUCCAAUUUGCUUCCAGUCUUCCAUAAUAAAAGAUCUUACAAAGCAUUUGUGAACAGACAAUACAUGAUAUGAAAAAUGGCCUGGUAUAGCAAAACUGUAAUAACUUGAACUGUCUUUCCAACUUGUUUGUAUUAAUGUUGGAGUCUCUAGCCUGUUGUACUUAGCAACUGUGCCACAAAGCUAAAACAGAAACAGACCAGAGCUUGGGACAAAGAAAUACAGUAUGUAUUUCCAUUAUAGGAAAAAAUAAGAGAUUAGUAAGGAGAUGUUUACAAAAAUGUGUAAAUCUAUUACUCAUAAUUUCUGUACUGGACAUUUGUUUAUGGCUAGUCUGGCUGCAGUUCACAACUUUGGUAUCUCUGUGUUUUCCAUUCUGAGUCCAGUCCAGCUAAACAUUCACUGCCUUUUUCUAUCCAGAGUGCUACAGGUGCCCAGAAAAAAAAAAAAA